AUGGCAGAUGAAGUCGAUCGAAGAUUAAAUGCGGCUUUGGAUGAGGCUAUCGAUGAAUAUUUUGAAGAUAGCUACAACAACAUUUUGGAGAACCAAACAAAGAAACCGAAGAAACGUGCAUACGUCGAAAGAAACCGCGAGGAUGGCCAUAACCGUCUAUGGAAAGACUACUUUUGUGAUGAUCCGACGUUUCCGGCUCAUUUAUUCAGACGGCGUUUUCGCAUGAACAAGGAAGUAUUCAUGCGUAUUGUCGAUCGCCUAUCUGAAAAUAUUCCAUUCUUUCAACAAAAAAGGGAUGCUGUCGGAAGGUUAGGACUAUCUCCUUUACAAAAGUGUACGGCAGCUCUUCGUAUGCUUGCUUAUGGUUGUGCAGCUGACGCUGUUGACGAAUAUCUCCGACUUGGUGAAAGCACAGCACUUUCGUGUUUAAGCAAUUUCACUGAAGGCGUAAUAGAUUGGUUUGGACCUGAGUAUCUACGAAGACCCACCCCAGACGAUCUUCAACGACUACUCGAUAUUGGAGAGAUACGCGGUUUUCCAGGGAUGAUUGGAAGCAUCGACUGUCCUAAAGCCGAGUUAUUUGCUAAAGUUCAAGAAGCAACCAGAAAAGAUGUAGAACGGGCUUUUGGAGUAUUGCAAGCUCGGUUUGCAAUUGUGAAAAACCCGGCUAUUUUGUGGGACAAGAAACAAAUAGGGAUGGUUAUGCGAACAUGUAUCAUACUGCACAAUAUGAUAGUAGAAAAUGAACGGGAUGGCUAUACUCAGUUUGAUACAUCUGCGUUUGAAGAAGGAGACUCGAGUAGAAGUUCACAGGCGUACACAUGA